CAGGCGCUUUCGGAAAAACCCGUUUCUUCGUCAAUGUGUAGCAACAGCUCCGCUUGUUUGAAAUCGAGCCCACUAAUUUCAGCUCUUCACACCGGAGGAUAUUGUACAUAUGUUCCCCUUUUCUAUUAUUGCGAGGACGGACGGAUUCGCACUGUGUGGACAAUUUCACAACCGGGGGCCGCCAGCUGUGUUGUAGAUACGAUAUUGGAGUGAAACUGGACUGGAUCGUAUCCGGAGUGUCCUGCUAUCCUGCCAUUACCGACAGUAGGAAGUUUGGUGCCUGUUGUAGGUUGUGCGAAUUUGUUCCUCACCAGUGAUUCCUUAUGCUUGAUAGAACCUGCACCCUGAUUCUGACAGGAUGGAUGUAGUGGACCUAAAGAGACUUGUGUAUCAACAUCAGCACUCUGUGUUCUGCUGCGGUGUUCAGUCUUUUUCCAUCUUGAAGAGAACACCUCCCAUCUUACACCUCCAGUCUCUGCACUAUAUAAACAUGAAGACCAUUUCUGAGCAAUAAAAAAGAAGGCUAGAGAUAGAAGUUGAAAGACUUUCUAUCGUUUCCUUUUUAAAGCUCAGAUAAAUAUUGAUUACACAAGCCUGUACGACGGACAUGGAAAUAUCCUUAUUUUAAUUUUUCAUUAGUUGUACCCCCUUACUCUUAGUGUGGGUGGUGGGAUGUCGGAAACGCCAGACGACAAAAUGGUGAAGUUCCUGGCUCCCCCUCAGAAGAGUGGAAACGGCCCCAGUUCGGGUUCAGAUUCAAUGGUGGGUGAGAGCCGGCCAGCAGAAGUGAGACGGCGGCAUCACACCAUGGAGCGUGAUCGAGGUAACUCUGAGCAGCGUUUCUUCCGCCGCAGUGUCAUCAGUGAUUCAAAUGCUACGGCACUGGCCCUCCCUUUACCCACCAAGACCCUCACCCCUGCACCUCAAUGGGUUCAGCUACGGGAAACCGUUCCCCAGCAACAGGCUGCUGCUGUUCCUCAUUCACCACAGACUGAAACAAGUUUAGCUCAAGAUGAGAAGUCUGUCGAUAGUGGAAGAGGAGGAGGAAUAGAAAAAGACAUAGAAAUAGCCAAGGUGGAUGUAGUGCCUUUAGACCAGGAGCCUGCCAAUAUCUGUGAUGGAGAGGUCGUGGUAGCAUCCCAUUCCAUACCAGGCUUGGGAAGAGAGUUGCCAAGCCAAACAGAAACUGAAAGCACCCCUGAAGUGAAGGUACAUCAUGGAGAAGAAGGGGAAGAAGAGGAUAAGGACUCUGCCAAGGCACGAGCAGAGGCAGAGCAGAGAGAAGCGGAGAAAAAAGUGCAGGACGACAUCGAAGAGGCAGAGACCAAAGCAGUGGGAACAUCACCAGAUGGGCGUUUCCUAAAGUUUGACAUAGAAAUUGGACGUGGCUCCUUCAAGACCGUCUACAAGGGCUUGGACACUGAGACCACAGUGGAGGUGGCUUGGUGUGAGCUGCAGGAUCGCAAGCUGUCAAAGACAGAGCGCCAGCGGUUUAAGGAAGAAGCAGGGAUGUUAAAGGGACUGCAGCAUCCCAACAUUGUCCGCUUUUACGACUCCUGGGAGGGACCGUCCAAAGGCAGGAAGUGCAUUGUUCUGGUCACCGAACUCAUGACUUCUGGCACACUUAAGACAUAUCUAAAGCGUUUCAAGGUGAUGAAAAUUAAAGUCCUUCGGAGCUGGUGUAGACAAAUCCUCAAGGGGCUUCACUUCCUUCAUACUCGGGCUCCCCCCAUCAUCCACAGGGACCUUAAGUGUGACAACAUUUUCAUCACAGGCCCAACAGGAUCUGUGAAGAUUGGAGACCUGGGACUGGCCACACUGAAGCGGUCGUCCUUUGCCAAGAGUGUUAUAGGUACCCCUGAGUUCAUGGCGCCUGAGAUGUAUGAGGAGAAGUACGACGAGUCAGUGGAUGUGUAUGCCUUUGGAAUGUGCAUGCUGGAGAUGGCCACCUCAGAGUACCCGUACUCAGAGUGCCAGAAUGCUGCACAGAUCUACCGCAGAGUUACCAGCGGGGUGAAGCCAGGCAGCUUCGACAAGGUGGCCAUUCCUGAGGUGAAGGAGAUCAUCGAGGGAUGUAUUCGCCAGAACAAGGAUGAGAGGUACUCGAUCAAGGACCUUCUGAACCAUGCGUUCUUCCAGGAGGACACAGGGGUGCGUGUUGAGUUGGCAGAAGAGGAUGAUGGAGAGAUGGAGGCAAUUAAGCUGUGGCUGAGAAUUGAGGAUGUAAAGAAACUCAAGGGGAAGUACAAAGACAACGAAGCUAUUGAGUUUUCUUUUGACCUCAACAAAGAUGUCUCCGAAGAUGUGGCUCAGGAAAUGGUUGAGUCUGGUUAUGUGUGCGAAGGCGACCACAAGACAAUUGCGAAGGCCAUAAAGGACAGGGUGUCUCUGAUCAGUCGCAAGAGAGGACUGCGACAGCAGGUCAGAGAAGAACAAGAGAAGAGACGGAUAGAAGAAGAGCUGCAGAGUCAGUUACUGCCAGCACAGCAACAAGGACAAGUGUCCAGCACGGAGUUGCCUCAGCCCCAGCCAGUGCCUCAGAAUGUUUCUUACGUCUCUCCACAACCAAACCAACACAGUACACAAAUGUCUGCCCAGCCUGCAUCUCAAAGCCUUCAUGGUUCUAACUACAACACUCCUCAAUCAACGCAAAUGACUAGCAUGGCUCAGGGUGUCCCUUACGUCCCCCAGUCAACUGGCCAAGUCCCACUUCAAGUCCAGGGUCAAAGUGUCGCCACCAUUCAGCCAGAGUCAGAGGAGCCAGAGACUGACCAACACCAACAACUACAGCACACUGGAGGAGCUGCUCACAUGGGAGACACACUUCCUACUUCCUCCAUCCUUCCUGAGGCCCAGCCUCCUCUGCCUGGACUGUCCUACAGCUCCCCUCCAAGUCAGCACCCUCAGCCCCAGGUGUUGUGCCCGCAGACACAAAAUGAACAAAUGCAACAGCAGCAGUUGUCACUGGUUCAACCCCAGAUGCCAGGUGUCCAGCCGGAAGUUGUUCCUGUUGCACCUUCAAGCCAGUCUGUCCCCGUGGCCCCCCCGCAGUAUGGCGUUUACUACCAACCGUCGCUCCCCCCUCAGAUUCCCACUCAGCAAGUGAUUAUACCCUCAUCAUCUCAGCCGUCUGCCCCCCAGCAACAACAACAACAACAACAACAACAACAACAACAACAACAACAACAGCAGCAGCAACAGCAGCAGCAGACAGAGAGCACCUCUACUCUUCAGAGCUCCACUCUAGCACAGGCACAGACGGGAGCCCAGCAGCUACAGGCACCUGUGAGUGUCCCUCAGUCAACAGCAGCGGAGCAGACAGCAGGAUCUUUAGCUCUGGUGCCACCAUUUGUAGAAAGCAGCCUAUCUGAUGCAGCUUCUGGUCUCAGUGACGGCAAUGACGGAAGUUCUACAUCAGGGGGUCGCCACGAGGGGCGCUCACUGAAGCGCCAUCAGAGGCGAUCCGUGCGCAGCCGCUCCCGCCACGAGAAGAUGGCAAAGGCCAAGCUGAAUGUUCUCAGUAUCUCUAACGUGGGUGACAGAGUAGCCGAGUGCCAGCUGGAAACUCACAACAGGAAGAUGGUGACCUUCAAAUUUGACCUUGACGGUGAUAAUCCAGAGGAGAUUGCACAGAUCAUGGUUGAGAGUGAGUUCAUCUUGGAGUGUGAGCGCGACUCGUUCAUCGAGCAGGUCCGUGAAGUCAUAGAAAUGGCUGAUGAGAAAGGAGAAAGGAUGAAGGAAGGUUUUCCUCAGAUGAGUGACCUCCAACAACAGCCUCAGCUGUCUAUCCCCAUGCUGCCAGGUAUUUCCCCCAGUACAACAGCCCAGGUGGUGCAUUCAGCCGGACGAAGGUUCAUAGUCAGCCCAGUGCCAGAGUCUCGUCUUAGAGAGCAGUUCUUUGGAGCUUUUACUGCUAAUACGUCCUUUGGAGACGAACCUGCACCUGCUCCUCCUAUGAUAUUGGGCCUUUCUCUGUCUGCUCCGUCUGGGACCCUCCAGCAGGCUUUCAGUAACAUGAAGCAGGCUCGUGUAGAGAGAUGCAAUACCCUUGAUCCGCUUGCUGCCGAGCAAGAACCAGGCACUGUUCCGUCCACCGAGGCCGGACUUGGCCCGAGCUCCAACAAUGUCCUGGCUCCUCCAGAAGCUGCAGCAUCCACCACUAGCGCUACUUUUCCUGCAGUGUCUCUUCCGUCUACUGCAACACCCUCACUUCCUCCCUCAACAGGGAAUGUUUCCCCUCCACCUAUACCCGCCCAGACCCAAACCCCUGCUCCUGUCAUCAGUGAUCCCAGUCCACCUCCCCAGUCUUCCCAUGAAACACCCCCCUCACAGCUUCCACCAGCUCCUAGUGUCCCUCCGUCAUCUUCUUCCAUUUCUCCUCCGUCAGUGCAGAUGUCCGUCCCUGCCGUACCUGGGCCUCAGCUGAGCAGUAGUUCUGUCGCUGUCUCUUAUGUUGCUGGUGUUCCUUCCAGUAGUACAAGUACGGCCCCUGGGUCAGAGCAGCAGCUUUUCAACAGUGCUGUUACCUCCUCUCAGCCCAUGAAUGCAUCCAUCCAUGCACCACAGCACACAUCCUCCCUGUGUCAGCCUGUUCCCGUUUCUGCUCAGCCCCCACCUCCCACCUCGUCAGCCAGUCAGAGUCAGGUCCAAGCACAGCCGGGGGAGUUGGAGGGAGCUGAGCUCCAGUCAAAGACCACAGGUAGAGAUGACAUCCAAGCUCUAGAUCAGAAGCUACGGUCCCUCUUUCAAGACCAGAGCACCGCCUCCUCAUCGUCACUGGAUCCCAGUCAGAACACGGGGACCUCCUCUCCUCCGACUGGGACUACUUCCCCUCCACCCGGAGCCGUCAUGUUGCCCCCAUCGAACCUCCCCCUCAAUUCUGGGGUACAAGGGGUCCUUGGCGCCACAACUACCCCAGGAGGACAUACCCAUACCCCCCCAACAAAGCCCAGGGCACAGACUUUGCCCACUGGUUUUGAUCAAGCUGCUACACCUCCCUCUGACAUCGUGCCCCCGUUUCCUGGACCAAAUCAGUCACACCAACCUCUGGGUAAUUUGGAUGCUCAGUUGAGGAGAGCUCUGAGCCCAGAGACUGUUCAGGGAGGAAACAGAGUCCAGCCUCCAGUAGCAGCAGCUUUCACUCUUGGACGUUUCCAAGUAUGUGUUGCCACUGAUGGUGUGUCCAGCAGCAUUCCAGGUCCCUCCAGCAUUGUUUCCUCCUCCUCCCGCACACCGUCCUCUACCACCUCCUCCUCUUCCACUUCCUCAUCCUCUUCCUCCCCCUCAAGUCCAGAAAAUACCCUCCACCGUUCGUCCGCUAUUGCUAGAGAAGUUUCUGAAACUGACGCUGUGAACGGAGCCUCAUCUCUCCCAACCGGGCCUGCCAGUCAGUCCACCACCAUUGGACGCUUCCAAGUGUCCACAAACAGCAAUUUCACAUCUGGACCCACCACUGGCUCAAAAGUGGGACGAUUUUCAGUCACAGUGACUCCAGCUCCAGCAACAGGCUCCAGUCGGCAGAAUGGGCCCUCGUCUUCAACUUCUGACCAACAAAAUGCACAUCCCCAUUACAGUAGUGACAACGAUGAAGACUCUGAGCCUGAGGACGAGGCUUGGAGGAUAGAAAUAAGCCUCCUGAGAGAAAAACACAUGAGGGAGAUUCAGGCCUUGCUGUCUCAGCACAACGAGGAGAGAGCGGCUCUGUUAGUGCGCCAAGGGAAACGUCCUCCUUCUGUCCUCGCCCCUGCUGUGGCCAAUCUGGCCAUGGCUGGAGGUCGACGCAGGCUGAAAAGCAAAAGCCACAAAUCGGCUCGCAGCAGUGGACAGCCCAGUCUCAUUCACGCAGGGUCCCCUCCGAAGCAAAGUUCACCCUCCACGUCAGGGGCCUCAGAAACAGCAGCAGGGGCGUCACAGCCGGUUGGCAGGUCUCCCAUAAAGCAGUUCAGAUCCUCUCCAUCCAUGCCCAGCCUCAGCGGCUGCUCCACAGGAUCAAUUGGCGUCAGCUCCAUAAACGGUUCAGGCCACUGUCAGAACCAUUCUACUUCCCUGACGCAGGCGACUGGACCCACUGCUUCUGCCUCUCACAGCCAGAAGGGCAAGGGCACCUUCACUGACGACCUGCACCAACUGGUGGAUAACUGGGCCAGAGAUGCCAUCAGCCUCUCCAACAGCAAGAGAGCUCCUAAAACUGGAGCACAGGCAGCAAUGGGGCACGAUAUAAUCCCCCCGGCCAACAUGGGUCGUAAAUUCUCCGCUCCGGGUUACCUCUGCCCAACGCUUCCCACGCCGUCUAACACCACGGCCACCGUCACCUGCCACCUUCCAAGCGCAGCCAACCCCCCUGCCAGUCUGGGGGCCCGUAAAGGCUCCCUGGGCCCAGUCGCUCCGGGGUUCGUAUAUACCUCGACCCCGUACAGUGCUCCUCAGUGGACGGGAUCCGCAGGCACAUGCCAGGUCAGCAUGCUUAACCCUGCACAGCCAUUAGCACAGUACCAGCCGCCUACGUCAGCCCCCGUGACCAAUCACCAAGGCUACCACAUGGGAACCACACCAGCACCCCAGAAAUCAGUCAACCCUGGAGGGUCCAACCUGAGGCCCACGUAGCCCAGUCAGAGCCCUAGUCCGGGCCGAGACUGCAGGGCCGCACAGGGCUGAGAGGACAGACGGCCAAUGAUCCAGAACUACGAGCUCCCUUUGCUGGUUAGCUGGCUGGGUAUUGUGCUUUUUAUUUUUUAUUUCUUCUUUUAAAACAAUUUGUGUUAUGAGUUGACCUGUGUCCUCUCAGGCAGAACAAAAUCUGUAAUUGGAGGGAGAGUGCAAUACGCAUCCACAGCACGAGUGUCACCUGCCAUGAGCUGUGGAACUGAGCUGUGACGAGAGAGUUGGUUGUGUCCGGGGAUGUAACGACCUAGAGACACAACCAGCUGCAGCCAAAGAUGUCUUUUUGAGAGCAGACGUUGUAAUGUCGAGGAGAAGGGAGGAGGGAUUCUGGUUGGCAUCCUUACUGGUCCUGACUUAAGUUGAACUGACACACCUAACACCUGACUAGACGUUGACUUGGUUUUGUGACUUGGGAUGGUUUAGGGUAAUUUUGUCUCGGAGAGUGUGGGGAGAAUGUGAGUGUACAGAAAGUGAAUGGGUGAGUGUUUGUUCCAGACGGAGCAAUAAAGUGUGACGAGAGGAGCAAGGAGAAGAAAGACAUAAGUAAGUUAGGCUGGAGUGUAACAGAUAGAGUUGGAAUAUGAAUACAUCCCAGUGGCUACCUAUUAUUAUAUACAAUGCAAUAAUGGCAAAGAGUAGAUAAACUGUCCCUUGUAACUGUGGCCUUAAUCCCCAAACACAUUGAAACAUUGACCUUGUACAAAGAUAUUUUCUUCUCUGGGUUAUUAUGAUUCCAUGUUUAGCAUAUUUAUUUCCCUGUGGGAGUCUGGUGACUUUGUGUUUGAGUUGUCUCCGUCACACACACAUUUAUUAUAUACUGAUUUAUCCUUCACAUCUGACAUGUAAGCCAGUGGAUCUGCCACCUUGUCCUGGUGUUGACCACCGUCCGAAGAGGUGGCGCUGCUGGGUGGAGGGUGUUUGUAGGGUGAUAACUUAACUUGUAUUUAUUUUUAACACAGGAAUGGAAUCUUGUUGAGAAUCACAAGUUGACACAUGAAACCACUUUAUUUUAGUGCUUAGCCAUAGUGAGAAGUGAGCAGUUCAAAGUCUGCUCAGCAUAUGAAAUUUAAAACAGUUUUGGUUUAUUGAGAUCAAAUCGGUGGAAGGGCCCCACUUCUCCCACGUGUUUACAAAGAUGGUGCACGUCACUAGAUUGAACCGGUCGUCACUUUGAAUAGCUCCGCUCGUAAUAUUUAGCCGACACCUCUCAAAUAAGAAAUGUCUGGGGUUCUCUUCCUGUGGUCUGUUUUUGUAUGCAUUAUUUAAUAAUAAAAAAAACACAAAUGUUCUUUAUGGACCUGUAUUCAGCCAUCAGAUUUUGAUGUUGUUUCACUGUAAUUAUUAUUAAAGGUUGUUAAACAACAUGUAGUUAAAGGAAUAUAAAAAGUGCAAUUGCAGGGUUGUUGUUAUUGGUAUUCUACUCACCACGCAGGACAGAAUCCUGUGGUUUAGUAAGCUCUUCUGUCUAUGACCGCCCUGCCCCCCCCCUCCCUUUUCUAUUCUUUUGUACAUAUGUUAAUGUGAGGUAAAUGCUUUCACGUAAACGCUCAGUCACUAGAGUUUGCUUGUGGUGACCCACUCUACAUGCACACGCACUCUAACUCGUAAACAUGAGGAACACUUUAGUGCCUUGCAUCCUCACUAAUGACAAGUUCCAGAUUCCUUUUAGUCCCAUAAUCUGUGACUGUACUGCAGAAAACCAGUUUGCUUCACCUGUACAUGACGUGAGCACAACCCGCAGCCGACUCGAGAGGAUGUGACACUCUGAGACGUUGGAACGAGAGCGCCUCACACAGGACUGCAGAGCAAAGAGCACACUGACUCGCGUGGAAGCAGUUUCUCUCUACAGUUACAUUUCUGUUGGUUGUGUCAUCAGCUGUGAAUUUAUAUUUGGCUCAUGCGUACACUGUUUUGGCUGGCGUUUUGUUUUUGUGGAUUUAUCAUUAAACCGUUUCAUAGAAGCACUUGUUCAGGCUGCGUAUAGGUUUAAAAAGUUGUCACCGGCUCGGCUUCAGUCUCACCGCCUCACACGGCACCACGCUGUAGUUGUGACUCCUUUUGCCUGCUUGUAGAUUGGAUGAAUAGUAAAACUUCUCUAGAGAAAAAAUAAAGUUACUGCAAUGCAGAAUAUGCAAAGUUUUAUAAGGACUGAGGGGUGAUGGAAAAAUUUGCAUGCUAAUGAGGGUUGUUACUGACUUCAGUGUUUUUGAUAUUGGAAUAUUAUUUGCCUUCCCGAGUCAUCACAAAGUGUUUGUUAAAUUACAUUUCACUAAUAUCAGACAGCUUCAGUAUCAGCAUUUGAUUUCUGCAUGCCGGCUUCACUGGUGUUUAAUCUCGCAAAUGACAACUGGCCACUGUACAGCACAACCAAGCUUAGGGUCCAUGUGCUCCUAUGUAUUAUAAGUGAUGGUCACAGAGCUCCUCCAUACACAACUGUUAGAGGCUCCUGACACGCAGUGAUAUCUGUUGAAUUCUUAUUUCUGAUCCCUCCCUAAAGACUUCCUGUGAUUCAGUGUCUGUUUUGUGUAUGUUUUUCCACGAUGUACAAAAUGUAAAAACAAAUAAAAAUAUCAAUAAAAAAACGUCAUGCAUAUUUGUGUAAUUAAAAAUGUUAUAACCAAA